UCGUGUGCGUACGGCAACGAGCCCGGAAUCUGUCGCGGUUACACCCUCUGUCGGCCCAUACUCGAAAAAUCGCGAAUAGUGAAGAUAUGUGGCUAUACACCCCAACAGGCGAUCGUUUGCUGUCCGGUGGAUUACGUGCAACAACUGCAGGAACUAAACAAUCCCAACCAGCCCAUCAGCGAACGAAUGUGUCGGAAGUACCAAAGCUCAUCUGGUUCCUCCGUGCUACUCGGUUCCCUGGCGGUCGGAUCAUCAGUAGUGAAAGUUAAACCACGCAAUCAAUGCCCGACCGAUCAGAACCUUAUCGUCGGUGGUACGGUGGCUCGGUACGGCGAGUUUCCUCACAUGGCCCGGUUGGCCAUGCCGGACGAAAACGGUAACAUGGCGUUCCGUUGCGGUGGAACACUCAUCAGCGAACAGUGGGUUAUGACCGCGGCCCAUUGCAUCGGAUCACAAAGGAUCAUAGUCCGGCUGGGCGAGCUGAAGGAGGGGGAAUAUGAAUUUAGUUUUCCGACCGAUGAGCGGGUGAUACAGAUCGUGAAGUAUCCGGACUACACGCGCAAGUCACGCACCCACGAUAUAGCGCUACUAAAGCUGGCCAAUCCUGUAUCCUUUUCUGCAAGCAUUCGACCGGCCUGCCUAGAUACCUCACCAACUGUUGAACGAACGAAAGCAAUAGCCAUCGGGUUCGGAUCGACAGAAGCAUAUGGUGUUGGUUCGAAGGAGUUGCUGAAAGUAACACUGGAUUUGUUCUCAACGCCAGCCUGUAAAUCGUACUUCCCACGACUUCGAGGUACGAAUCUGUGUGCCGGCUUCCUUUCCGGUGGCCGGGACACCUGUUCCGGGGACUCCGGUGGUCCGCUGCAGAUCACUACGAAUAAUGAGGGCUGCGUUGCACAGGUUAUCGGUGUUACCUCAUUCGGUAUAGGAUGCGGUUCGCAAUCACCCGGCAUAUAUACGCGCGUGUCGGAGUACGUCAGCUGGAUCGAAAGCAUUGUGUGCUGCCCGAUAGAUUUCGAUUCGUUAGUUCAUGUAACUGACCCCAAGAGGCCCAACAAAGUGAAGAUGUCGACCGUCUUCGAUAGUGUACGGUGGAUCACGCUGAUCGUGAUCGGUGCAAUCUUUAUCAGCAGCGUUCUAGCCGCGAGCAAUGAAGGCGAAUCGUGUGCGUACGGCAACGAGCCCGGAAUCUGUCGCGGUUACACCCUCUGUCGGCCCAUACUCGAAAAAUCGCGAAUAGUGAAGAUAUGUGGCUAUACACCCCAACAGGCGAUCGUUUGCUGUCCGGUGGAUUACGUGCAACAACUGCAGGAACUAAACAAUCCCAACCAGCCCAUCAGCGAACGAAUGUGUCGGAAGUACCAAAGCUCAUCUGGUUCCUCCGUGCUACUCGGUUCCCUGGCGGUCGGAUCAUCAGUAGUGAAAGUUAAACCACGCAAUCAAUGCCCGACCGAUCAGAACCUUAUCGUCGGUGGUACGGUGGCUCGGUACGGCGAGUUUCCUCACAUGGCCCGGUUGGCCAUGCCGGACGAAAACGGUAACAUGGCGUUCCGUUGCGGUGGAACACUCAUCAGCGAACAGUGGGUUAUGACCGCGGCCCAUUGCAUCGGAUCACAAAGGAUCAUAGUCCGGCUGGGCGAGCUAAAGGAGGGUGAAUAUGAAAUUAGCGACCCGGUCGACGAACGGGUGAUACAGAUCGUGAAGCAUCCAGACUACAAGUCACGCACCGUGUACAACGAUAUAGCGCUACUAAAGCUGGCUAACCCGGUAUCGUUUUCAACGAGCAUUAGACCAGCCUGUCUGUACACUUCGCCAACAGUUGACCGCACGAAAGCGUUAGCCAUCGGGUUCGGAUCGACAGAAGCAUAUGGUGAAGGCUCGAAGGAGUUGCUGAAAGUAACACUGGAUGUGUUCACAACGCCAGCCUGUGCCGUGUUCUUCCAGCGGAAUCGUCGCGUACCGCAGGGUCUUCUAAAUACGCAUCUGUGUGCCGGCUACCUGGCCGGUGGCCGGGACGCUUGUACCGGUGAUUCCGGUGGUCCGCUGCAGAUCAGCACCAAUGAUGAGGCCUGCGUGGCGCAGAUUAUCGGUGUUACCUCAUUCGGUAUAGGAUGCGGUUCGCAAUCACCCGGCAUAUAUACGCGCGUGUCGGAGUACGUCAGCUGGAUCGAAAGCAUUGUCUGGCCGACAGAGAGUGGAUCUUCGAACGAUAAGUUACGAUUCAGCUAAAGCUGGCCAAGCAAAUUUAGUGUUGUGCUCGUGCAUGGGUGUACGUGUAAGCAUUUCGACAGCAAAAUUGGCAGGCCAACAGACAGACAUAGUUCAAGCCUUUAGCCUUUCCCAAGCGUCUCAAUCGUGUUAGUGUAUACCUUUUUUAAUGCGUUAAUUAAUCUUCGUAUUGAU